AUGCAGCAACAGGAUUCCAAAAUUCCGAAAUUCAUUCGUCAAAUUUCGGUUGUUGGUCUGGGUGAGGUUUCGUCUCCCCCAGAUUGUCACAGUUUCCAAGUUUGCAUUCGAUCAAGCAAGGAAAACAUUGAUGAUGUUAAAAAUAGUGUCACACGACGUCUGUCGUAUAUAGAACAAGUCGUGAAAAAUUGUGAAUUCAAUAAGGAAACAAAACUCGAAGUAUAUAAAACUUUCUCCAGAGAAGAGAAAUUGAAUACGUUGGUUGCAGACAUAAAACUCACAUUUUCUAAUUUAAAAACUUGCGAUGAACUGCGGAAUCUUUUGAUCGAGAAACUCGAUUCAAAUGCUGUUGAUGUCGGUCCUGUUCAGCUUUACCACAGUCUACAAAACGUUGAGAAGCUGAGGCUCAGUGCUAGUCUUUUGGCUAUUGAUAAUGCCAAAAAAAAAGCAAGUGCCAUGGCUGAAACCAUGAACCAGUAUCUUGGCCGUCCACUGAUGGUUCAUGAAGAGAAAACACAUGAAUGGUUUGGCCUGCUUCCCAACAGUAGCCCAGAAAAAGAGUUCAACUCUUUCAGACAACAGCAAAUCAAGUUGACUACAAAGAAUGUUAAAUGUGAGAUUCAUGCCCAGUUUGAAUUGUUACCAAAAGAUCAAAUAUAG